UUUUCAGCUUAUCACACAGCGGACAGACACGUAGUGUAUACAUAAACAAUCGUUAUAGCAACGCGCGCGUAUUCAAUUUUGGCGCGCUUACGUCACGUGAUCUUCGAAGAUCCCUUACCUAUACAUAUAUAGGCCGUAUAUAUAUAUAUAUAUACACCCCACUAUUUAUCGCACAAAAAAGAAGACCGUAAUCGGACACUUUCUUGGCGUAGAUUGAGGUUACGUCGCCAUUUCUUCGCGGAGCGUUCGUUUGCUCCGCAUUAUCUUUUCUCCUUUCAAGCAUCUUAUGACUCAUUGUUGUUCUUGAAAAUUUUUCUCUUACCGACUUUUGAUGUAGCUGUAUUUUUAGGAUACUUUCUCGAUUGAUUUUCGAUUUUUUCUCGAAUUCGACGAGGCCAAGACGCAGUUGAUUCUCUGGAUACGCUCCGAGAGAAGAAAAUAUCGCUGUGACAUGUUUAAAGUUUUAGCAGUGACCUCAGGAAAUUAUCUAAUCAGCUGAUUACUUGCACACACGAUAUUAUCGACAACGUGAAAUUCUAGUUUCAAAAGAAAACAAAACGAUAUUACGCAAUGGGAGGUUUUGUCUUAAGAGUGAAAUCAAAAACAGGGCACAAGAUUGUGGAUAGCUUGAUGCCGCAGGACACUGUAACCAAGUUGAAGAAUAAAUUAUCCGAAGUAACUGGAGUGAAAAUUGAUGCUUUGCAUGUGCUCAGAGGUUUUCCACCGAAACCACUUGAUCUCAGUAAUGGUAACACUACGCUGCAAGAAAGUGACAUUACAUCUGGAGAAACUCUGAUUGUAGAAGAGAAACAGGUUGUGUGUAAUGGUGAGCAAAGGGUUAAAGAAACUCCUAGAACUCACAUCGCGGAUCAAGAUGAUUUUGCCAACUGUCCUGGUGUUCUUAUGAAGAUGGUUGUUCCUGCAGAUGAUUCAUGUCUUUUUACUAGUGUUGGAUUUGUUCUCAAUGGAAAAGUCGAUCCAAGCUGUGCACAUAUGAUGAGAGAAAUCAUAGCUAAUGCAGUGUCUCGUAAUCCAGAUGAUUAUUGUGAAGCAAUGCUGGGUAAACCAAAUCGCGAGUACUGUGAGUGGAUAUUGAAACCUAAUUCUUGGGGUGGAGCAAUUGAACUAUCAAUUCUUUCGAAAUAUUACGGUCUGGAAAUUGCUGUCGUGGAUAGUAGUAAUGGUAUCAUCAAUAGAUUUGGUGAAGACCAACAGUAUGCUACCAGAGUAUUUCUCAUGUUUGAUGGCAUUCACUACGAUCCUCUGUACUUGGAACCUCUUGAUGGUGGCAGCAUACAAUCCAUGUUUCCAACUAAAGAUCAAGUAAUUCUACACCAAGCAGCUAAUCUAGCUCAAGAAGCAAAAUCUAGUCAUCAAUACACAGACAUUCAGAAAUUCACGUUAAAGUGCAUGAUUUGUGACGUAAAGCUUAGUGGCUCUGAAGCUGCGCAGAAACAUGCCAAAGAAACUGGUCACCAAAGUUUUGGCGAAGUGGUUGCUUAACGAUUUUAACGAUAGCACGGGAAUAUAAGCGGGUUUGAUUUAAAUUGUACAAUAUCUCGUUCUGAAAAAGUAGAUAAAGGGACGCUACUCUAUUAUUUCAACGGUGAUCAAAUUAAAAGAACACGAUCUUUGUACAUACCAUAAAGUGGGAUAGUCUGGAGUGACGAAAUUAAUUGUUAUAUUGGGGAAGAAAUAUAAAGAUGAGAUAUGUUGAUAUACAUGAGGCCAUAUAUACAUAUAUAUUUUAAAUUACGUUGUAAGAGGCCCUUCGACAUAGGUCUAUAAAUCUCACUUUAGUGUACAACUCUCUUCAAAUGAUAUUACUAAAAAUUAAUUUUAAAAAGACUACAUAAUAAAUUUUGCAAUAAAAUUAAAAAAAAAUGUUCAUAUAUUCAUACACUCUAUUGUAUCAUACGGAAUUGAAUUUAUCGAGCGCAGUAAUAAACUUGAUUCAAAAGUCAAAAGAUAUCUUUUUUUUCUAGAAAUUUGGUCAUCAAACGAUGAAGCACGGUUAAAUCUGCGUGCCAAUGUGUACCUUGAGCAAAUCGAUUAAGCAAAUAAUGUAGCAGUUCGAUGUACGAAAAAAAAAACGAAACAAAGUACUGAACUCAUUGCGAAAAGAUUUUCUUCUUCUCAAGUGCUUCCCGAAAAAAAA